CUUGCCGGCACGCCCAAUGCUGCGCCAGAUCUUGGCCAAGGCUGAAGGGAAGGGAUGGAGAAAGGAGAACCCACGUCAGCACUACCUACACAUCCGCGCAUACACGCACCGGGUAGCUUGACAAUAGCCCGGCGUUUGUGUGUGUGUGUCGUGAGAUGCAUAUUAUACGUGCUAUGCUAUGCUCGGCUAGCUUACGGAUCGGUCUGUGGUUUGGAAUAUGCAGGAGCGUUUUUUUUUGGUUCUUGUUCCUGUUUCUUCCCCCGUGGAGGUUUGUUUGGUUUGGUUUGGUUUCCUUUUUCCCGGCUGAAUGCGCGGCGUGGAUCUGCAUCCAACAUGCCUACCCGGGGAUUUUAUCAGAUGCAGGACCUGUGUUUCCCGGGCGUCAAAGAAACACACGCAUGACGACGGGAAAGAGGCGAGGUAAGGUAGACAGAUAUGCCCUAUUCGGAUUACCGCAGGCACGCAGGCACGCAGGCACGCAGGCACGCAGGCACGCAGGCACGCAG